GUCCCUCUUCCACCACUGCAACCCACUCAUACCACCUCUUCCCCGCCCUCCCUCAUUCACGACCUAAUCAACAUGUCCCCCGAACCUGUACCAUCGUCCACUGCACCCUCAAAUACAAAGCCUAAACCUGUUGAAGGUACCACGACGACGACGAUCGAGGAAUCCCUCGCGCUCGCGAAACGUGCCUUUGCGCUGAAGAAGUACGAACAAGCCGUAGAUCACUAUGCCACCGCGUUAGAGCUCAUGACUGACAAAUAUGGAGAAGAGUCCCCGGAAAUCGCAGAGGUUUACUUUGCGUAUGGGAAGGCGUUGUUAGAGAAUGCUAUCACGCAGAGUUCUGUUCUUGGGAAGGAACAAACCGAGGGUGCGAUUCCAACUGAAAGUGGAUCUUCGAGUGGCGCAUUCCUCUCGUUCUCUGGUGAUGCCGAGGAGUCUGAAGAUGAGGGAGAAGACGUGCCGGUGGACCUUUUCGGAAACGCGGCAAAAGCUGAAGAGGCGGAAGGACACGAGGAUGAGGAAGAAGGCGAGGAGGUCGAACCUGAAGAUGACUUCAACGCUGCUUGGGAGGUUCUUGACCUCGCACGGGCGAUCUUCGAGAAACAACAGGAAGAGAGUGACGAAAUGAAACUCAGACUUGCGGAAACGUAUAUCACGCUUGGAGAUGUUUCGUUAGAGACAGAGAAAUUCGAACAAGCUAUCACCGACUAUAGCACGGGACUCGACCUCAAACUCUCCCUCCUCCCUCAAUCAUCCCGUCAAAUCGCAGAGGCCCACUACAAACUCAGUAUCGUCCUCGACCUGAGCUCGGGUCGACUUUCUGAAGCUAUCGAACAUGCAGAGAAAGCGUUAGACAGUGUCGAAGCGCGUCUGGCCGAACUCCGCAAUGGACUUAGCGGACAAAUGGCUGUAGCAGCAGUAGCAGUAGCAGAACCGGAAUCAGAACCAGAACCGUCUGCUUCUUCAAACUCCAAGGGAAAGGGGAAAGCGACGGGACCUAGGUUACUUGGGGAUGAUGCUAUUCAGAGUCUUAGCAAAUCCCAGAUGGAGUCUGAGGUAAAGGAGUUAGAAGGUCUCAAGGAGGACCUAGGAUUGAAGGUCGAAGAGCUGAAAACUGUUCCUAACGAACCUGGGGAGUCCGCACCAGCGUUGGUAGCGAAAGCGCUUGAUGCAGAGCUUAACGUUGCUUCGUCGUCGGUGACGGCGACAGUGACGUCUAUGCAGGUGCAGGUAAAUGACUUGACGGCUAUUGUGAAGAAGAAAAAGAAGGCGCCGGAGGUGCCGGUGGAUGGUGAAGUCAUUCCUUCUGGCACUGGCAAGAGGAAAGCUGGAGAGGAGGCUCCUUCGUCACCAUCGGAGAAAAAAGCUAGACUAGGGGAGGCUCAAUCGUAAUGUUCAACGGAGAUGUUAUCUUGCAUAGGACAGGAAUAGCGAAUCAUGUAUCGUGAAAAAGUGCUUUUCGUGAUGUAUGAUAGAUAUAUCGAUACAGGAUUUCUUUGUUACCUCGCAUACCCUUACAAACGUUCUGCACUACUAUACGUACAGUAUAUGUCCAACGAUUGUCCUGCUCAUCCCCUCUUGUCUCGAAAGUAAUAAUAACAAUACAAUCAAUACGGAGCAGUCUU